AUGACACACUCACCGACAACGUUACCAAGUGGUGCCAAACUAUGGCUGUUGAAUCUCGGUUAUCUCGACAUAGAUUCUGCUGUUGUUCUUUCCGGCGCCAACAUAUUCCCAGCUCAGCUGCCUCCGCAGCAGCACGAGCGACGAAACCUCAUCAUGCUUGCGGCAUUGGUCUACCACCCUGACGUUGGGCUCAUCCUCUUCGACACAGGCUCGUGCGAGGAUGCCAUUGCGAGCUGGGGGCAGCAGGCCCUUGAGUGUACUCCCAGGAUCUGGGAUAAGCAGAUUCACGGGCUGCCCGAGGCAAUCAAAGCCACGGGGGCCCGAGACAUAUCAGACGUCAAGGCAGUCGUGAUGAGUCACCUACACCAGGAUCACGCUGGAGGACUGGAGCAUUUUUUAAAUUCUGAUGUGGAAAUCUGGUGUCACGAAGAAGAGCUCAAAAAAGCCUUUUGGGCGACUGCCACAGGCAUAGAGAAGGGGACCUACCAGCCUGACUACCUUCUAGUCGACCGGUUGAAUUGGAAGACAUUCUCCGGAGCGGCGUGUGAGCUUUUCCAAGGAAUCACGCUGCAUCUUUACCCAGGCCAUACUGCGGGCGGUAUCAUAAUGGAAAUCGAGCUUGAGCGGACUGGAUGCGAGUACCGCAUUGAAGUUUGCGAAAUCCCUCCGCGUGUACACAGAUGUCACUGGAAAAACAACAGUCGUGACUCUCUACCAUGCUGGGGAGUCGAUUUACGAGCUGGACAAGGUCUUGGUGAUGGACGAGGGCCGCAUGCUCUUCCAAGGGCCUGCCGAUGA